GGCAUAAUGGCCAUUUAUUAUACUCUCACGUUUGCAAUCCUGGUAACCGAGAUGGUCAUCUUUGGCAUCUUGGUGAUGCCUCUUCCUUCUCGUUGGCGUAGAGCUAUGAUGAAGGGCCUCACCAGUUCCCCUCUGAUUGGCAAGGCUCUUUAUGGUCUAAAGAUUGCAUUUGGAUUUAUUUUCCUCCUAUUCCUCGAUACCGUAAACCGACUCCAGCGCAUUGGAUCUGAUGUGACUGAAGAACAACGACAUCAUCAUGACUUUGGUUUUGAGGCAAACUUAAAGGCAACAACAUUCUAUACUCAGCGCAACCUGUACUUGACUGGUUUCACCCUCUUCUUAUCCCUUAUAUUGGAUAGAACCAGUACUUUGGUUAUCGAGGUCUUGAAACGCGAAGAAGAACUUGAGAGUGUGAAGAAAGAUGCUGUUUCAGCCAACAAUGACUCAAAGCGUUUAGUGGAUAUCGAGAAGGAAUUCCAGGUCAAGAUCACCGAGUUGAACAACGAGCUUAAACAAUUGAAGCAGCAGGAGCGUGAUUUUGAGACUCUGAAGAAACAAGCUGAUCAGCAGCAAAAGGAAUACAACCGUCUUUCCGAUGAGCGUAACGCACUAGAGAAUUCUAUCAGCGGUCUCAAGUCUGAAUCAAGAAAAGAUCUGUAAAGCGUUCAAAAAAAAAAGGCAAAAACAGCACCAAGCAACACCAACAAGCAUUUCAUUUAGCACAAAAAACAUCUAUUAAACAGUCAAAUAAAUAUAGGCAUUAUAUAUGUGCUUGUGCGUUUGGGAAGC